GCCGGGCACAGGGAGGGCUGGAUGGGCAGAUAGGGAUCCCAUCCAGAAACACAGCCCCGUCCCUGUGCGGCGGGAGUGACGCAGAGCACAGCCCUGCUCCUGCAGUGACCCCUUGCAGGGAGCUUGCAACCCGCUGAGAGCAUCGCUGUUUCUUCUGUUUUGGUGGGAUGGAUGAGCCAGGCCUUUUGCCACGGGGACGGGCUCCCUCCUGCCUGUAACGUGGACAGGGAGCUGGGUCCCUGUUUUCACCCCGGGAAUACCAUCUCUCACAUCCACGGAGCGCAGGAGGGAAGCGAGAGCAGAGUUUCUGCAGCGUCAGAAAACUUUGAUUCAUCUGCGAAGGUGGUGAAUGAACGAGGGAUGUGACCUGGAAAGGAUCAACAGGAAAAUGGGGAUGUUUCUCCAGCUUGGAAAAGGCUUGCUUUUCCCCCCCUCGCCGUCUCAGGAUCACUGGAAGGGAUUAUACAAAUGAGAGCAGGAAACUGCAGUCAGGGCUUUGCCAGAAAUAGAUGAUUUUGUCUUUUUCUUCUUGAUGGCAGUGAAGAAAUAUGGGAGUCCGUAGAGGCUGCUCCACAGGCACCCUCACGUUCUGAUUGCCAGGUCAUUUGCGUUCAUUUCUAAAGUGCCAUCCACCCUGCGAUGGGAAUUGGCAUGUAACCACAGAGAAUAAAAACUCCUGGGAGCAGCUCCGUGCCACUGGUAGAACUUCGGAAGGAAGUUUGGGAUCAGUGGGAAAUGUGCUGACUCCUUUCGGACGAGCGGAAGAGAAGCAGCAUCGUGGAAGAUGUUGAAUGUUAAUUUUUUACCUAAUCGCCGUCACUCGUGGAUUUGCUUCGACGUGGAGAAUGGCCCGUCCCCAGGGCGCAGCCCCCUGGACCCGCAGGCCAGCUCCUCCUCGGGGCUCGUAUUGCACACCACGUUCCCGGGCCACAGCCAGCGCCGGGAGUCGUUCCUCUACAGAUCCGACAGCGACUAUGACUUAUCACCAAAGACCAUGUCCAGGAACUCCUCUCUCCCAAGCGAGCAGCAUGGGGACGACCUGAUCGUCACGCCUUUCGCCCAGGUGCUGGCCAGCCUACGAAGCGUGAGGAACAACUUCACGCUCCUUACCAACCUACACGGCACCUCCAACAAGAGAUCUCCAGCAACAAGUCAGCCUCCUGUGUCCAGAGUUAACCUGCAAGAGGAGCCCUACCAGAAGCUGGCCAUGGAGACGCUGGAGGAGCUCGACUGGUGCCUGGAUCAGCUGGAGACCAUCCAGACCUACCGCUCCGUCAGUGAGAUGGCAUCCAACAAGUUCAAGAGGAUGCUGAACCGGGAGCUGACACACCUUUCCGAGAUGAGCCGCUCCGGUAACCAGGUGUCCGAGUACAUUUCCAACACUUUCCUAGACAAGCAGAAUGAUGUGGAGAUUCCUUCUCCCACCCAGAAAGACAGAGAGAAGAAGAAAAAACAGCAGCUCAUGACACAGAUCAGUGGAGUGAAAAAAUUAAUGCAUAGUUCAAGCUUAAAUAACACCAGCAUCUCAAGAUUUGGUGUGAAGACAGAAAAGGAAGACCAUCUGGCCAAGGAACUGGAGGAUCUGAAUAAGUGGGGUCUCAACAUCUUCAAUGUGGCCAGGUAUUCCCACAACCGGCCGCUCACCUGCAUUAUGUACGCGAUAUUUCAGGAGCGAGAUCUACUGAAAACAUUCAAGAUCUCAUCAGACACUUUCGUGACGUACAUGAUGACACUAGAAGACCACUACCACUCUGAUGUGGCUUACCACAACAGCCUCCACGCUGCUGACGUUGCCCAGUCCACACACGUUCUGCUCUCUACCCCAGCACUGGAUGCUGUCUUCACUGAUUUGGAAAUCCUCGCUGCAAUCUUUGCAGCUGCAAUUCAUGAUGUGGAUCACCCCGGGGUCUCCAAUCAAUUUCUCAUUAACACAAAUUCUGAGCUCGCCCUGAUGUACAACGAUGAAUCUGUCUUGGAAAACCACCAUCUUGCCGUGGGUUUCAAACUGCUUCAAGAGGAGCACUGUGACAUCUUCCAGAACCUGACCAAGAAGCAGCGUCAGACACUCAGGAAGAUGGUCAUUGACAUGGUGUUGGCCACGGAUAUGUCCAAGCAUAUGAGUCUGUUAGCUGAUCUGAAGACUAUGGUGGAAACCAAGAAAGUGACCAGUUCAGGGGUCCUCCUCCUGGACAACUACACCGACAGAAUACAGGUUCUCCGAAAUAUGGUACAUUGUGCAGACUUGAGUAAUCCCACAAAGUCUCUGGAGCUGUACCGGCAAUGGACGGACAGGAUCAUGGAGGAGUUCUUCCAGCAGGGAGACAAAGAGCGAGAGAGAGGGAUGGAAAUCAGCCCAAUGUGCGACAAACACACAGCGUCAGUGGAAAAAUCCCAGGUGGGAUUCAUUGACUACAUCGUCCAUCCGCUCUGGGAGACGUGGGCUGACCUGGUGCAGCCCGAUGCCCAGGACAUCCUGGACACGCUGGAGGACAACAGGAACUGGUACCAGAGCAUGAUACCUCAGAGCCCAUCUCCUCCGCUGGAGGAGCGGGGCAGGGACUGCCAGGGCCUGAUGGAGAAGUUCCAGUUUGAACUGACGCUGGAGGAGGAGGACUCGGAUGGACCGGAGAAGGACGGCGAGAGCAUCGGCUACUUCAGCAAUACAAAGACACUCAGCGUGGCCGAGCCAGGGGAAGAGGAUUCACAGAGGGAGGCCAACAUAGAGAUUGUGACAGAAGACACAUCUCCUGUGGACACAUAAUGUCCUGCGCCCGUGUGAGUGGAUUUCAAACACUUGAGGAGCAUGCAGCAGUCUCACGGACUUGCCUGCAGCCUGGGUCUGAGGCCUGUGCCUAACACGGGCUGACAGAUCUCCCCAGCUACUUGAGAUUGGAGUCAGGGUUAAAGAUCGUGUAGUGAAUGAUUGCUCAGGAAAUUAACAGGUGAUUGACGUUGUGGUUUGAAUCCUUGUCAGCUCCCAGCAUCCUGCUGUCCUGGAGCUGGCUCGGGUCGUGACUGAAGAGUAAAUGACACACAACUGAGAGAUUUUAUACUGUUAGCUUUGGAAUUUAUACCAGUUAGACUGAUAGAAACUACUGAUUAAUAACUCUCCAUAUAAAAGCUGUCCACCUGACCACCUGUCUGCAGACCUGUGUGCCUUCUUUGUAAACACUUUCAUGUCUUUUCAAGAGUCUCUUAACAAAAUACACGGAGUUUAGUAUCAAAAGUGACACAGAAGUGUUUCAGAAUUGACGGAUUCCUUUUUGAUUCUUCCUGUUACAAGAAGCAGUCUUCCUUUUUUCCAUGGCAAUACCUGUCACUUUAUUGCAGUUCAUCACUUUUACAGACUAAACGGAAGGGGAAACCCUCUCUGUUUUGCAUUGCUGCACCUUUAAUCGUCCUCUCGCUACCCCAGGCGACCCAUUUACAGUCACUUCAUGCACCACCUCCGUUCGCUUGCUAGGAAUAGCAGUGGGUUUUCCUCCGCGGGGUGUUCUUCUCUGUCGGGAGCAGGAUAGAGGGUAGGUUGUUGCCGUACCCCUGUAAGCAGUGAUGAGGCAGCGCGGCGCGGUGGGACGGGACGCGCCUUCCCCCUCGGCAGCUCCUGGGCUCCGUGGAAUUUGCACGCUCGGAUCUUUGUGUUUCCUCCCCUCCACGUCUCCUAGGUUUUGGUCCGCCGCCGUCCUCCUGCACUGCCUUGAGCUCUAACACCUCCAUUACUGUUUAUAACAGUGUAUUUAUUACGUAAUGUACAUACUGUAAUGUUUUGUAAGUUAUUAAUUUAUAUAUGAACCGGCAUCGCCUCUCGGCGGCGAUGUUCAAGGGGUAGAAAACUCGAACAAGAGUUGCCUUCCCCCCCCCCCCCCCCUUCCUUCUAACCUUUUAUAUUGCAUAAAAUACACGAACCUGAACAUAGCUGAAGAGACAGACGCAACCCAGGGAGGGCAUUCGGGUGGCAGCUGCCUGUGGGGGGGUUCAUCUUCACAGACCCAGACCCCAUGGCAAUGAAUGGAAACGCUGAAAAAAAACCUGGAGAAAGGAACCCUAGCAAAGAACCCCCCCCCGCAACGGGGCUGGCUUUUAAACGUCCCCUUCCGCCUUCUGAACAACCCAAUGUGAAUUUCUAUGCCACAAAACCCAAUGUGAACUGAUGUAAUAAUUGUGCUGUGAAACUUCUUCUGACAAAGCUUGUCCGGCAGUCGUGAGCCGUGUCAAAUCUCAGUUUGUAAAAUAAUGUUUCAAGCUUUUGGUCCAACUUGUGACUAACUAGUUAAUGAAAAUAGCACAGUUGUGCAUGAUCAAUGGGUUUGUAUGUCUGUUGAACACUGCAUUGUUCCAGGUGGUUAUUUUAUUGUCCCCCCCACCCCUCCAAGUUUCACACAAUGUAUGUUAUAGUAUUAUAUAUUGUGUUCAGAUGCAUUCUUAAAAGAGAUUUUUAUAUGAAGUGAAUAAACGAAAGCAUGACCCUG